AUGUCUACCCAGGCUGCCAAUGACUAUCUUACAAAGAAACUGACGAUAACCAAGGGCAUCGUUACGUUUCGGUCACUGUCUAGAGAUCUGAAGAUCCAUGUCAGUUCAGCGAAGACAGAACUUGCGUCGUUUCACGCUGCUUCACGCGAAUCAGGUCGACCCGUACAUGCUACCUAUAUAAUCACCGGAGAAGUAAGCCGACAACCGCUCAAUAGCGAAGACGAUGGUGAAAUGGAGGCUGAUGAUGAAGACCAGGGAUUCGAAGAUGGUGCGAUGAAGCAGAUGAAAGUGCUACUGGUCGGAGAAGGGGAUGUCGAAAAGUCGAAGUCUCAGUUCUCGCGCAUUCUCUCCAUGCAUGUUUAUAGCCUUUCUCCUGCUAGGCCUCAGGAUGCAGCAUUGAUCUGCGAGCCUACUGAGAGCGUCCGGCAGGCGGAUGCGAAGAAUGGUCCUGAGGUUGCUGCUGCUCUCGGCAGGAUUGUCGGUGCGGAUGUUCAGAUGAGGGCUACAGGGAAGAAGGGGAAGCAACCUGCCGCUUCGUCUUCAAUCAAGAAGGCGUCAGCUCCCGCGACUCCGGUGGUUUCCAAGCUCGUCGAACCGAAGUCUGCUGGAGCAAAGACGGAUAAAGAUAAGGAUAAGGCGUGCCCCACCAAAGAUGAAGUAGAACUUAGUACGAGUGAUGUCAAAGAAGAAGUUGCACCGGAGCCGGAGAAGAAAAAGGAUAAAUCCAAAGGGAAAAGCAUGGCAGACUGGAUGAAGUCGCAGCCGAAAGAAACCAAGAAGCAAGAGAAGAAAGCUGAGCCUAAGGAUACAAAGCCGAUAACACACAAGACGGAGACAGCGACCAAACCAGAGUUAAAAGCGAAGUCGGAAGACGAGAAGAGCAUAACGAAGGACGAGCACAAGGCGCCUCCUAAGCGUGGCAUCAAGCGCAAGUCGGCUGUCGGAACGACAAAUUCCGAUUUUGAGGAGAAGUCUCCCAGCCAAGCCGGUUCCUUGCCUGUAUCCAGGCCGCCCACCGAGUCGGCGGGCAAGGUAAAAGUAAAGAAAGGGGUUCUUUUAUCUGACGACGAGGACGAUACGCCCAGACUUAGUAAGAGCAAGGGCAAGGGCAAGGCUAAGGCCUCAGUAGCGGAAAUGGACUCUGAGGCGGAGAAGAGCCUCAAGGCCAUGAUGGACAUAGACGACGGUCUGUCUGCUUCCGCCUUGAACCCUACUAUGAUCGCUAACGUGGGCACGUCCUACGAUAUAGAACAAGUAAUCAAGGCAUCCCGGUCUGCGCCCGAGGAAUCAGCGCAAGACGAGGAUGUCGACAUGGCUGAGGCUGCCGAGGAAGAAAUGAAAGCACCCGAACCCACCAAAUCCAAGCCAAGGAAGAAGAAGGAGAAGAAAGAGGUUCCGGUGGGACGGAAUGGGUUGAAGAAGAAACGGGUCGUGAAGAGCCGGAUGAAGAUAGAUGAGAAGGGCUAUAUGGUGACCGAGGACUACUCGUCGUACGAGUCCGUAGACGAGGAAGAGCCAGAAACACCACCUCCAAAGUCAAAAGGGAAGUCCAAAUCCAAGGCCCGUGUCACAGAGGAUGCAGAAGAAACUGAAGGCAAGACGAAACCGAAGGCUUCCGCGCGCGCGAGUGAAGGGGGACCGAAGCCCGCUAAUAAUGGUCGGCCUUCGGCGAGUAGCAGGAAGGCUAGUGGGCAGCAAGGUCUGGCAAAUUUCUUCCAAUCAAAGGCCAAGAAGUAA